AGUUUAGGGGUGCUGGGUUCCAUUCCUGGGGUGUGCAGAUAACCCGCACUUGGGUGAGAAGCUGGGCGGGGUAGACGGGUGGAAGAUGGACAUGGGGUACCGGAUUCUGGAGCCUGGAGUGGCGUCUGCACCCCCAGAACCACGCCCCCCCGUCUCCCCGCCCCUCGGAUUUCGUUUUGGACCUCUCCCAGUCCUCCGGGACGAGGUCUGGUUUAUACUGGGUCGCGCUCCGGGCAGAGUGACCGGCCAGGGUGGAGAGAGGAUGCUUAACUCCUUAGAUUCUUCUUUCCAACCUUUUGGCCUCUCUUCUCCCUCUUCCCCUCCGGCCUUCGGGGACUCCCACGUCCCCCAUCCCCAGACCCUGGAUUCACUCCCCAGUUUCCUUCCCCUGUCACAUCACCCCUGCGGGUCCCUGGCCAGGACUUCGGGUCCCUCCGGCAGCAAGCUAGCUGAGGGUUAAGGGGGCGGGGCCGCCGCAUUUUUGGGGAGUGAGCGCAUCCUAGUGGCUGCCAAGAGGGGCGCGGGGCAGGGACCUCACCAAGACCCCCGCCAGGGGCAACAGGUGUUUGGGAGAUUAAGUCUCGGUCCUUGGGCGCCUCUUCUAGCAGAUCGACGGGAAAGGAGACCAGCAAAAAAGAAACCAGAAAUCAGCUUGGCCGGAAGGGGCGUCCGUGUGGAUGGGAUGGGGACGCCGGGGGAGGGGCUGGGUCGCUGCUCCCAUGCCCUGAUCCGGGGUGUCCCCGAGAGUCUAGCAUCCGGGGAGGGUGCUGGGGCUGGCCUUCCAGCUCUGGACCUGGCUAAAGCUCAAAGGGAGCAUGGAGUACUCGGAGGUAAACUGAGGCAGCGCCUUGGGCUGCAGCUACUGGAACUUCCUCCGGAGGAAUCGCUGCCACUGGGACCCCUGCUGGGGGACACGGCGGUGAUCCAAGGAGACACGGCCCUCAUCACACGGCCCUGGAGUGCAGCACGCAGGCCCGAGAUUGAUGGCGUGCGCAAAGCCCUCCAGGACCUGGGACUCCGGAUCGUGGAGAUGGGGGAUGAGAGCGCCACGCUGGAUGGCACCGAUGUUCUCUUCACGGGCCGGGAGUUUUUCGUAGGCCUCUCCAAGUGGACCAAUCACCGCGGAGCUGAGAUCGUGGCAGACACGUUCCGGGAUUUCGCUGUCUCCACCGUGCCGGUCUCGGGCGCCUCCCACCUGCGCGGCCUCUGCGGCAUGGGGGGACCCCGCACAGUGGUGGCUGGAAGCAGCGAUGCAGCCCAAAAGGCAGUCAGGGCCAUGGCUGUGCUGACGGACCACCCCUAUGCCUCUCUGACCCUCCCUGAUGAUGCGGCUGCUGACUGCCUCUUCCUGCGUCCUGGGUUGCCUGGUGCCACCCCUUUUCUCUUGCACCGCGGGGGUGGGGACCUGCCGAACAGCCAGGAGGCCCUACAGAAGCUCUCUGACGUCACCCUGGUACCUGUGUCCUGCUCAGAACUGGAGAAAGCUGGUGCCGGUCUCAGCUCCCUCUGCCUGGUGCUCAGCACCCGCCCCCACAGCUGAGAACCUGGCCUUGGGGCUCCAACUGACCAGGGGUUAGGGUCACAUAGUUGGUAGAAGGGAGAGAUAGGGGAUAGGGAGGGUAGAAGUGGGGUGAUGCCCCAAGGGUAGGGGAGGGCAUAGUGGAGGACAAAAGACUGGAGCCACUGGGCUCUCUGUCAGAACCAAUAAAACAGAAUAGGCCUUUUA